AUCAACCUACAUCACCAUCAGCUUCCAUGAGUUCCCCUGAGGCUGCCACAUCCAGUGUGUCAAGCCGCCGCCGCCAUCGAUCCUCCCGGGGGUCAAACGUUGACCCUGUGACCUCCUCUCCAGGGCGUGACCUGCCGGCUUUUGAGGAUGAGAGUGACCUCUUGGGGAAUGACCUGCCAGUGGAAGAGGAAGAUGGAGAAGAACUUUUUGGGGAUAAUAUGGAAAACGACUACCGUCACAUUCCCGAGUUGGACGUAUAUGAUCGUGACAACCUCGACGACUCUGAGUACUCGAUGAUGAGCGAGGGCGAUCGUGCUGCCGCUGAAGCUCAGAUGAGAGUCAGAGAUCGUGAUGAAGGUCGCAUUACUGGACGCAUGAGGCGAGGGCUAUUGUAUGAUGAGAGCGAUGAUGAGGAUGAUCGGCCGGCCAGGAAGCGUCGCAUGGCAGAGAGAGCCGUUGAUGGUGAUGCUGUUGAUGAUGAAGAGAUGAUUGAGUCUAUAGAAAACUUGGAGGACAUGAAAGGUCACAGUGUUCGUGAGUGGGUGUCCAUGCUGGGUCCCAGAACAGAAAUUUACAACCGAUUUAAGAACUUCCUUCGAACUUAUGUGAACGACAAGGGCAACAACCUCUACAAAGACAAGGUUCGUCACAUGUGCGAAGAAAAUAAGUCAUCGUUCGAAGUGGAUUAUAACAUCAUUGCCUCAGAGGAGCAAGUUCUGGCUUACUUCCUGCCGGAGGCCCCGACAGAGAUGCUGGAGAUAAUGGACUCGGCUGCCAAGGAUGUCACCCUCUCUAUGUUUCCUCAGUAUGAGAGGAUUACUAAAGAAAUUCAUGUUCGUAUUACUGAUCUUCCACUGAUAGAGGAACUGCGAUCUCUUAGACAACUACAUUUGAAUCAACUCAUUCGCACAUCUGGAGUAGUGACAUCAACCACUGGCAUCCUCCCUCAACUCUCUGUUGUUAAAUAUGACUGUAACAAAUGUUCUUAUGUACUGGGACCAUUUGUUCAGUCACAGAAUUCUGAAGUGAAGCCUGGGUCGUGCCCUGAAUGUCAGAGCAAAGGACCUUUUUCAAUUAAUAUGGAACAGACUAUCUACCAGAACUACCAGAGAAUCACACUUCAGGAGUCACCCGGCAAGGUUGCAGCUGGUCGUCUCCCUCGUUCUAAGGAUGUUAUCCUCCUAGGUGACCUAUGUGACUCUUGCAAGCCUGGGGAUGACAUAGAGGUGACUGGAGUGUACACUAAUAACUACGAUGGGUCACUCAACACAAGUCAGGGAUUUCCCGUAUUUGCUACCAUAAUAAUGGCCAAUCACAUUGCCAAGAAGGACAAUGCCAAUGCUAUUAAAGCACUAACUGAUGAAGACAUAAAAGCCAUCGUCAGCCUCAGCAAAGACGAGCGUAUUGCUGAAAGGAUUGUGGCCUCAGUAGCUCCAUCUAUAUAUGGUCACCAAGACAUUAAGAGAGCUCUCGCUCUCUCACUCUUUGGUGGAGAAACAAAAAAUCCAGGGCUGAAGCACAAGGUUCGUGGUGACAUUAAUGUACUUGCUUGUGGCGACCCUGGCACUGCUAAGUCACAGUUCCUGAAGUAUGUAGAGAAGAUUGCACCUCGUGCUGUCUUCACCACUGGUCAGGGAGCUAGUGCUGUGGGACUGACAGCUUAUGUUCAACGGUCACCAGUAACCCGAGAGUGGACACUGGAGGCUGGUGCUCUGGUCUUAGCUGAUAAAGGCGUCUGUCUCAUUGAUGAGUUUGAUAAGAUGAACGAUGCUGACCGCACCAGCAUCCACGAAGCUAUGGAACAACAAAGCAUCUCCAUCUCCAAGGCUGGUAUUGUCACAUCUCUGCAGGCUCGCUGUGCUGUUAUUGCUGCUGCUAACCCAAUUGGUGGGAGAUACGACCCUUCAAUGACCUUCGCAGAAAAUGUUGAUCUGUCCGAACCCAUUCUCUCUCGAUUUGAUAUAUUGUGUGUAGUUCGUGACACUGUGGACCCCAUACAAGAUGAGCACCUCGCACGUUUUGUUGUUGGUUCCCACAUUCGCCACCACCCUGGAGCUACUGCUGCUGAUGCUGCUACUGCCAACCCUGUGGAUGGUUGUAUGGUUGGAGGAUCAGAACUUUCUGGUGUAGAGAAGAUCCCACAAGAAUUGUUGAAGAAAUACAUCAUAUAUGGCCGGGAGAAAGUGCGACCUAAGUUGCAUCAGAUGGACCAAGACAAAGUUGCUAAGAUGUACUCUGAGCUGAGAAGAGAAUCCAUGGCCACAGGUACAGUCCAGGGCAACCAGUUAGCAGGUGUUGAAGCCUGAAGAAGAGUACUGUUC